AUGCCCUCGAUCCUGUCCGACGAGGACAAGCAGAUGGUCAAGCGCACCGUGCCCAAGUCUGGCAACAAAAUCCACGCCGUCGCCGUCGCCAAGUUGUACAUUGCCUAUCCCGACCGCCACCGAUGGACCUACACGGGCCUGCAGGGCGCCGUCGUCCUGGCCAACGACCUGGUCGGCAACACCUUCUGGCUCAAGAUGGUCGACAUUUCGCUCACCAUGGACGACCUGUUCGAGGGCUACAUGGUGCUCGAUGCCGUAGCCGACUUUCUCGCCCACAGCCCGCUGGCCGACCGCACCAAGCAGCCUGCAAUCGCCCCACGCCCCGAGCACCAUGUCCAUGAUUCCAAUCACGCCUCGCCCUCGCCCUCGCCCGUCUCCGCCCCAACCCUGCGCAGCCCAGACCCGUCCGUGUCCAGCGGUUACACUGCAGCCUCGGCAGCUUUACGACAACGACGCGGACAUACCAAGAGCCGUUUGGGCUGCAUUGGCUGUAAGCGAAGGAAGGUCAAGUGCCAGGAGACAUGGCCGUCGUGUGCCAACUGCGACAAGCGUGGAUGGGUGUGCCGCUAUUCGGACGCAUUCAAAAAUGUGUUGCGCGAGCCUGCCGCGCUCGACGUGCCAAGUCCACGUCAGCUCGUCCAACUGUCGGAUACGCCCAUCAUGUACAGUCGAGACGACAUGCAGCUCUUCCACCACUAUCUCGUUGCCGCAUAUCCUUGCGUUCCCCACGACUUUGUAGACAUAUGGACCAGAGAUGUGCCCGUCAAGAGCCAUCAAUACUCGUACCUCAUGGAAGCCAUGCUCGCCCUAGCAGGAUCACAUCUUGCACUCCAGGUCGAAAAGCCCAAAAACGACCUAGCCCUUCACCACCGCCAAAAAGCCAUUGUAGGCCUGGGCGAAGCUUUUACUCGAUGGCCUCCAACCGCCGAAGAAUCCCAUGUCAUGUUCGCAGCAUCCUUCCUGUUAUCUUACCAGUCCACUUUCAUGGAAGACGGCUUCCUAGAGCAUUUUGUCUCUCUGAGAGGUUGCUCGCUGCUGGCUCAGCUCAUCAUGGCUGAGGGCUUCACAGGCCCUUUCGUCGAUCAGACAAACUGGAACUUGAUAGCCGUAGACUCGCCAUUCUCCAAAUUUCCCCAACUGGAUCAAGGCCUAGUUCAUCAAGCUCUGCUCUCCCUCAAAGGUUUCUCGCCCUUGGUAUCGCAACUCGGCGCGCAUGCCAUUGAGAAAGCUGUCGUUUGUCAGCUCGCCCAAGCACUUCGCUUUCUGUUGCACUCCAAUGUCGACCCAAAAAGCGAAAAACUGUCAGAACCAGAUCUCCCACCUGCGAAUAGCCUGUCGCCAAAAUACUUUGCUUUCACAAAUCCUCUCCUCCCAGCGGAUACGGCCACGUUGUUCCCAGACAUCGACUGGGACAACAUUACCGCUCCGCCUCCCGGUGCACCUUUCCAUUUCGCCGCCUUCAAAGCCAUGAUGGCAACCCUGACUCUAUUCUCUACCUGGCCUCACGAGGAGCUGGUCCGCAUAUUCGACCCUGCUAACCACCUUGGCAACGUUGUCCUGGCGCACUUUUGCGCCGUACGCUUUAUUCUCUUGCCCUUUACCGCGCCAGACAACGUAUUGCGCAACCCAGCAAAGGCAGCGGUACAAUGGGCAGCCAAGAUCAUGGCAGCCCUCGACGACGACAAAAGCGGACAAUGGGCAAAGUACACGGAAUGGCCAACAAAGGUGAUAAGGUGCCUGUACGGUUGCGUGGAGAAGAACCGCGCCUUCACCAUAGGCAACGUGCGAGACAUGUUGAUACAAAAUCCAGAUCUAUUCAGAGUAGAGCAAGCAGGAACAUGAUGAGGUUAAAGUGUGCUGUUCUACGCUGUAUUAAUAACCAACUAUCCACUCU